GCCGCUGCAGCGAAAGUCACACAGACUCACCAACAGACAGUGGAGUCGAUCACCGAUAGUCGCCGGAGUCAGCGGCAGCUGGGACGACCCAACAGUUACACAAACCUGUUCGAAGGCACAAGUCGCAUACUAGCUAGUUCGCGCGGACAACGCUUUAACAUUUGGAUCUUAUGGCUGAGAGUGAGGAUAUCUUUCUCAGGGCUGAACGUCGGACUUUCAGCGGGCUGACCGAAGAUGCAGAGCGUGUGUGGACGGGACCAUUUUGCUUCAUCCAGGCCGCCGACCCCCAGCUCGGGCUCAUGAAGGCCUGGAGGGAGGGCGACUGCGACGGCGGAGGGGAUGAGUGGGCCGAGGAGGUCGAGCUCACCAGGAAGGCCGUGGAGGCGGUAAACCAGCUCAGACCCAGGCCCAGGUUCAUGGUGCUGUGUGGCGACCUGGUCCAUGCCAUGCCAGACACCCCAUUCAGAGAAGGUCAGGAGCGAGACCUGAAGGCAGUCUUGAAAGGGACAGAUCCCUCCAUCCCGCUGGUGUUUGUCAGCGGGAACCAUGACCUGGGCAACACCCCCACUCCUAGGACUCUGGAGCAGUACUGCAGUGCUUGGGGAAAUGACUAUUUCAGCUUCUGGGUGGGCGGGGUCUUUUGCCUGGUUCUGAACUCCCAGUUGUUCUACGACGCCUCGGCCUGCCCUCAGCUGAAGGAGGCCCAGGAGACAUGGCUGGAGGAGCAGCUGAGCAGGGCUUCCUCCUCAACGGAACCCAAACCCAAACACAUUCUGGUGUUCCAGCACAUUCCUCUGUACCUAAAGAGCCCCGAUGAGGAGGACAACUACUUCAACCUGCAGACGGAAGUCAGACAAAAUCUGCUGGACAGGUUCAAGAGGGCAGGGGUGAAAGCGGUGUUCUCCGGCCAUUAUCACCGAAACGCCGGCGGUUGCCACGGCGGCCUGGACAUGGUCGUGAGCUCGGCCAUCGGGUGUCAGCUCGGCGAGGACACCCACGGCCUCAGGGUGGUCGUAGUGACCGCCGACGACGUCGUCCACCGCUACCACAGUCUGGAGCAGCUGAGCGCGCGCGGCAUGGACGAGGAGCUCAGGAAGCUGCUGCAGGCCUGAAGGCCAAAAGGAGGGAACAUCUGAAAAACCACAGCAAUUUGGGUUUUUCAGUGAGUUGUUUUUUGUUUCGUAGCGUUUUGAGCCCCUGUUCUUAGAGGCACUCAAGGUUUUUGGAGACUGGCGCGUUGGUCAGCACGUCAGCUCAUAAGAAUGUGAGCUGUUAAAUUCAUUCAUACUGUAUGUUCCUAGACCAUUUUCUCCGAUGUGUGAUAAGCUAAAACGUCAUGCUUAUGGCUUAAGAUCUUCCAGCGAACAAGUCUCAAAGGUGACCAAUCAUCAAAAGUCUGCAUAUUCAACAAAGUGGAAAAUAAAUUAUAAUAUAUAUUGAGGCAUGUUGGAUUAGAAAAUAUGAAAAUAGCAGUGAGUUCAAACAAAAAUGCAACUACAAGCCAAGUAAUAAAGCGUAAGGAAUUUUAUGAUGCAUUAAAUUGUGUUUAGUUUCUCUCUCUCUCUCUCUCUCUCUCUCUCUCUCUCUGAAUGUAUGUUAUAAUCUUUGCCCCCGCCGACCUUAAAGGAGGCACACAAAGAUCAUUGAACGUGCACUAAAACUACAUUUAAGUCAGAUGUUGCAUAGGUACCUUUAAAUGUACCCAAACCUUUCCAUCGUUAAAGGAAUAUUCUACCCUAAAACACUGAAAUUGUAAACAUUUAAAACAGCUUUCUGGAGGUGGUCUUUGCGUUUUCCGCCUGUUUCUGCAGAUAACCAUGGUAACCCCACAAACAGAAACUACUCAUAAAAGAAGAAUAAGAAAGGAGUUGUUGCCCAACAGCAGACAGGAAUGGGGGCGGCUACGGGGCUUGUUUGCUUCAUUCACUUUAGCAAUAUUUUAAGGCUGGUGAACAGCAUCAUGGGAGAUGUAGGAAAUCACUAAGGGUAAGACAAAGUGUGGAUGAGGUAAACAUACAGUACAUACAUUUCAGCUUGAUCCCAAAAUGACUACAGGACUACACUGAAUGCAUCAGGUAGAUGUUGUGUAACCAGUGAGAGUAUUAAAGGGUGGAAUCUUUCUUUAAUGAUCCUAAACUAGACCAUGCCUCAGUCUAAUACCUUGUGGGCUAUCCUAUGCAAGCUAUUCUUAUUAUCAUAUUGUGUGUAUUUUUUAUGUUUAAUGUGGUACGAUGUUUAAGAUGUAGAGCUGAGAGGGUGUUUUUACCGUCCAGCCAGCAUUCUGUUUUCAAUAGUCUUUUAAUAUAUGUAGGCUUAAAAGAUUAUUCUUAAUCCAUAUCAAUUAUUACAAAAGUAAAUUAUAAUCUUCAAGAAUUCAGUCCUGGUUGACAAAGAAACAUUUCACAGGUGACACCUGUGGCAAUAUUUAAAUCUGAUCUACUGUAUAAAAUAUUUCCUGUGACUGCUUCACAAUAAAAGCCACAGUGUUUUGCCUGUUACACUUUUACACGAAGCGGCAGCAGAAGGAAAUGUUCGGUGAGCAUUAGCUGCAACCCUAACUUACAGCUCCGAUAUCAAUCAGAUAAAACAGUAAGGCCGAGAAACAUACUUGGUUUCAUGUGAAAGGAAUUUAUAUUCAGCGCAGGAAUGGCGGACCCCGCCACUAACCAGGAUAACCUAUUCUGUAAAGAUGCACUUAGAGACUGUAUAUGAAUUGAAAGGUGAUUGCAGAAAAAAAAUGGGUCCACAAAUAAUAUAAAAAACGGGUUUCACUUUGUGAAAAUGUCUAAAGCUCUGAUUCUUUGUUGGGAAGCAGAAUUUACUAUUACUCCAAUACAAAUAACUAAAAAAAAAUGUUGUCUACGACAGCGCAGAUCUAGACUGUUUUUGGUAUAUAUUUCUUCAUUGAACCAGAGAUUCAACACGUUAAUCCCAACUAAUCAGUUUGAUCGGUUUGGGACCCUCGCUGUGAACUGUGAAGAAAUGAAAGUGUAAUAGUGUUGUAAAAUGCCAAACUAAAGGACUGGUGUCAGGCUGAAAGGUGGUGAUAGGGAUGUGAUUAAUGGUGGGAGAAGGAGCGCAGUAUUCCCUGACUGUUUGCCAGUCGCAGGGUAACAGCCUACUCGCUGCAGGCUUAUUGGGAAGCUCACAGUCCUCAAAUUGUCUUUAAAAUGGACAUUUCUGCAACAAAAUUACUCUCUGAAAGCCCUAAAUGACUCUACUGGAUCACACACACACACACACACACACACACACACACACACACACACACACACACACAGACUCUCACACAGUUACUCUGACCAACUGGGAAUUUAAGAGAGUUGUCAUGGCAACCCUCUAGCAACACAUCUGUGUGUGUUGGAGAGAGACUGUGUGUGUGUGUGUGUGUGUGUCCGUCCUUGGUUUGGAGAGUACUGUAGGCGAUUUCUUCAUCAGCGCCAUGAUCACUGACCUCGUUUCACACUGACGUACUCUGUCUCUUUUCCAAAAAGUCAGCAUGUGAUGGGGGGGGGGGUUGUCUGAGAGGAAUGGAUAAUGAGUGUGAAAGGCGACUCAGUCCAUCUCCUUCAUUUCCUGUCUGAGAAAGAACCUUAUGUCCUUAUCUAUUUUUAUAUCCUCGUUGUAGCCGAGCUCAAUCACAUUGUUCUUUAUCUCGCAUUGUGUGGCUUUUUGUUUUAGAGGACAUUUGCUCUAUGAAUCGGGGAACAUCACACACUUUGACUUGUUCCUGUGUUAAAUUCUAAUGACACUAUGACUGUGACAUGAUUGGUUGUAUUUUUAUAAUAAAUGUUUGAUCU